CUCGCGAUAAGAAUAUAAUCUUCCUUGUCGAAUAUAAUCUUCCAAAUUUCAUUGCGCAAGUCAAAACGUCUCGUAUAAAUUGCAAAGUUCAUAAAGCGCGCGCAGUCAGUAUCAACCAGUUAUAAGGCGCACUUGCUCUCGAGCUUCGCUUUCAAGGAAAAUAACGCUGAGUUGUCUCGCUUCAAUUACGCAUUGGGAGAUAUACGUCGCGCAUGUCAUGUCGCGAAUCGCGUGCAUUAUUGUUUUAUGCGUCCUGCUGAGCGACGCAAGUAAACCCUAUGACGGACCGAAGUACAAACAACAGGAAAUCGACUAUGACGAGUGGAAGCUGACGAAGGAGCCGCAUGAAGACAAUGUCGAGUUCCAACCGCGUUCAAUUGGAUUCGACAAUGAGCGGGCUGUUUUCUCUGGGAAGCAUUAUAUCAAGUCUGUAAAGAAUCUACCGCCGGCUUUAAAGGCUAGAUACGUCGUCAAUCGAGCUGAUUGGGCGGCCGUAGCGACGAUAAGCAUGCGAAAGGAUGUUCAAGGCUUUCCCGUCGCAAAUUUGAUCUCCAUUGCCGAUGGACCUGUUGGAAACGGUACUGGAAUACCGUAUAUGUAUCUCACCCCUCUCGACUAUACCGCUCAAGAUCUUGCUAAAGAUCAUCGUGCGACACUCUUGGUGACAUUAGCUCAAGGCAACUAUUGUAAGGAUAAAGCAUAUGACCCGAUGGAUCCCCGAUGUGUUAGAGUUAUGUUAACAGGAAAAAUUGUAGCAGUGAAAAACGAAACUGAAGAAUACGACAUUGCGAAGACAUUAUUCUUUGAUCGCCACCCGAAGUUGCAGAACAUGCCCGCAAGUCAUAAUUUCUUUUUCGCCGAGUUGAAGAUAUCAGCGAUUGCCAUGUUGGAUACUUUCGGUGGGCCAAAGUACAUCUCCGUUGAGGAUUACUUUAAUCCGCUAGUGAAUUUUCCGCGUCGCAAAAGAAUGAUGUUUGGGUUUCCAAGCACAAAUUUUGAUAAGCAUUUUUCAAGUACAAGUUUUGAUAAGUAUUCUAUCCAGAGAUUCUGACCAAAUCUAAUAUCUUGAAAUUCGCUAAUUUUAAGCCAUCUCUUAAAAUAAAACUUUAAAAAAUU